UAAUCACCAAGUCAACAUAAUUCUAACAUUUGUCAUUUGUGUUUGAUUAUCUAGGACAAACUACCAGUUGGUGCAUAAUGGCUGUUUUAGGGUUUACUGGGAUAUCAUUGAUGCUUCUCGUGACGUUGUGUCAGGGCGCACCGACCGAUGUACAAGAAGGUACGGCGUACUAUAACUUCUAUGAUGAACUGGCGCAGAGCAUUUGCACGGCGGCAGCCGAAGGGCCUUCGUUCGUCUUCGCCAUCCGUCGGGACUGCCGAAGUUCAGCAGUCGAACGGACGUGCGACGAUAUCUGCACUUCCCGCAGAGACGCCAUGCGAGCAACUGUCUACAACCAGGGAAGCACCUCGGCGUGUUUCGAUGCCGUACAUGUGUACAAGAAUCGGCCGGUCCUCGCAGCCAACCCCGGGGUCCAGACGGAUGCCGAGGAAGUAGGUCUGGCCACGUACCGCUACUUCAGCGCCGGCUGUUCGGCUAAGUUCUGCGGACCUAACUACUGUUGUUGUGUUGUUCGCUAGAGGAACGGUUACAUGCAUAAUAAGCUUAGUCUACUGAGCAAUGUCUAAGAUAUUUCAGCGUUUUUGGUGAAGUCAACUCAGACAAACGACGAUUCCUCUUUAGAUUGUCAAGUAUCUUACGUUAUACGUAUUUUACACAACUUUCUAUCAUAUUAUAGGGACAAGUUAACCUUAUUUUGUUCAAUGUUAAUCAUGACAUAAGCAGCGAUCGAUGUGAGCAUAAGUCGUUUGUAUUAUUGAAGUACAAAUGUAUAUUGAAUGUUGAUAAUAAACAAUUGGACUGAGAU